AUGGAAUCCUUAGAAGCCGAAGAUGUGGUCACUACCUACAUCAUCCGGAAGAAACUCGCCGGUUUCAGUAACAAUCUCACGGACAAAUAUCAAGACAUUAUGGAUCGAAUCAUGGCAAAACUCCUUACUCAGCACGGGGCAGACGUGAACACUCGGGAUCCAGAAGGGGGCAAUGUGCUCUACUGGGCGGCAGCCGGUGGACAUGUCAAUGAGGUGCGAUUUCUCCUCGACCAGAAGGUCAACCCUUCCAUAACCACGGCUUAUUUCUGGGCGCCUCUGCACUGGGCGUCGGCGAAUGGGUAUAUCGAGUGCGUCAAGUUACUCCUUGACGCCGGGGCCGAGGUAUCGCCAGUAAGCGACACGGCUCUAACGCCUCUAGACCUAGCAAUCGAACACAAGAAGGUCGAAAUCGAACAGCUGCUGAGGAGCAAGGGCGCUAAACGCGGCAACGAGAUUGGGGAAGAAUAUGGCGGUCCGAGAUAUUCAUACCGACAUAGUUCGGAGAGCGAGGAUGAGGAGACGACCAAGGAGACGAAGAUGAUGGCGAAGAUUAAGAUGAAGGCGAGGAAGACGAAGAAUAAGUUAAGGUCGAAGAUUCCUCGAGCGAGGGUUCCCUACGAAGAGAUGGGAGUCAUCCAAGUUGAUUAUUGA